GUCAGAAAAACAAUAGACGAAAAAAGAGAAAGCCUUGCGGUCUUGAUUUGCAAAAUGGCGACGUCCCUCGGCUCCAACACUUACAACAGGCAGAACUGGGAGGACGCGGACUUCCCGAUUCUUUGCCAAACAUGUCUAGGGGAGAAUCCAUACAUUCGCAUGACGAAGGAGAAAUAUGGAAAAGAAUGCAAGAUCUGUGCUCGGCCUUUUACUGUCUUCCGUUGGUGUCCUGGGACAAGGAUGCGCUUCAAGAAGACAGAAGUUUGUCAGACAUGCAGUAAAAUGAAAAAUGUUUGUCAGACAUGUUUGCUGGAUCUGGAAUAUGGUUUACCCAUCCAGGUUCGAGACACUGGUCUUGCUAUCAAAGAUGAUAUUCCGAAGUCAGAUGUGAACAGAGAGUACUACACACAGAACAUGGAGAGAGAGAUCUCCAAUACUGAUGGCACUCGGGCAGUCGGCCAGGUCGGGAAAGCUACCAGCUCAAGUGACAUGCUGCUCAAACUAGCCCGGACAACCCCGUACUACAAGAGGAACAGGCCUCACAUCUGUUCCUUCUGGGUGAAAGGAGAGUGUAAGAGAGGAGAAGAGUGUCCCUACAGACAUGAGAAGCCCACCGAUCCCGAUGACCCACUUGCGGAUCAGAACAUUAAGGACCGUUACUAUGGCAUCAAUGAUCCUGUUGCUGACAAGCUGCUUAAGCGAGCCUCUGCCAUGCCCAGAUUGGACCCACCUGAGGACAAGUCCAUCACCACUCUCUACAUUGGGGGUCUUGGUGAUAACGUCACGGAUGGAGAUCUGAAGGGUUUCUUCUACCAGUUUGGGGAGAUUCGAACUAUUACAAUCGUUCAAAGGCAACAAUGUGCCUUCAUUCAGUUUGCCACACGGCAAGCUGCUGAAAUGGCAGCUGAAAAGUCCUUUAACAAGCUGAUCAUCAAUGGCCGCAGACUCACGGUCAAAUGGGGAAGGUCACAGGCAGCCAGAGGAAAAGACGGGAUCCCAGAUGGCAUCACUGAGAUGGGAAUCAGACUUGAUCCUGUUCCUGGUUUACCUGGAGCUCUUCCUCCACCACCACCUCUAGACCAAGAAGCACCAGCGAACUAUUUCAACCUAGACCCCAGCUCCUCCCCUGCAGUCAUGAACCUCACCCUGCCUCCACCGCCAGGGCUCAAUCCACCCCCUCCAGGUUAUGGUCCGGCGAUGUUCCAUCACUUAAAUCCCAUGGCUCCACCGAUGCCUCCAGCCUUGGGCAUGAGACCCCCGGGUCAAAUCCAUUACCCGUCUCAGGAUCCUCAGCGGAUGGGUGCGCACGGUGCUCAUGGCUCCCGUCAAACAGAAUAGCUGCCGUCACCAAAACGCUCUUGACGUUCUUCACUCGUAUAGCUCUGAAUCAGCCAGGAAUUUUGAGACAUUCAGCACGCAACUUACUCAGAAUAUGCUUUAUUCUCUCACCUCCAGUUUCCAACUGGCAGAGUGCUGGGCGCGUUAGAUGAAUGACGUCAUGAUCACGUUAUUUCCAGACCAGCUCAUUUCUUAGUUUACGUUGUCUUUCAUGAUAUACCCUUUUUACAUGUGAUUAAAAUGACUCAGUUAAGUA